ACCUCCACCAGCUGAGCUCUCCAUUCUAUCCAGCAGUGCAAACUCAACAACACCAUGAGUCUGAGGAGGAGGCACAAUAGCCUACUGAACUCAUCUUCAGGACCUUUCAGCAGUAGGUCCACCGAUUCCUACUCCAUCCCUAAAAUCAGCACUGGUGCCCCUAUAACACCAGUAACCAUCAACAAGAGCCUGCUUGAACCAUUAAACAUAGAGCUUGACCCCACAGUCCAAGCUGUUCGCACAACGGAGAAAGAACAACUCAAGAGCCUCAACAACAAGUUUGCCUCCUUCAUUGAUAAGGUAAGACUUCUGGAACAACAGAACAAAGCCCUGGAAACCAAGUGGCAGCUUCUGAGUCAGCAAAAUGCCCCCUCCUCCUCCUCUGAAGUGGAGUCUUUGAUCAAGGCCUUCAUCUCCAACCUGGAAAAAGAGCUGGAGCUUCACAAACGUGAUAAAAUGAGACUUGAAAAUGAGUGCACACUCAUGCACGAACAGGUGGAUGACUACAAGACAAAGUAUGAGGAAGAGUUCAACAGAAGGAACAAUGCAGAAAAUGAAUUUGUAAUGUUCAAAAGGGAUGUGGAUGAACAAUAUAUGUCAAAGGUGGACCUGGAAACUCAUUUGUCUGCUCUCUCUGAUGAAUUCCACCUCCUCAAGAAAGUGUAUGAUAUGGAACUGCAAGACCUACAGGAGAAUGUGAAAGACAUCUCUGUGGUGCUGGAAAUGAACAACUCCCGUGACCUGAACAUGGAUGAGAUUAUAUUCCAUGUUAAAGCUCAGUAUGAGCAUUUUGCUUCCUGCAGUCGUGACGAGGUUGAAAAGUGGCACCAGAACAAGUUUGAUGAGAUGAAUGCUGCGGUCACAAAACAUAACAGUAAGCUGGAAAAUACCAGGGCUGAAAUAGCUGAACUCAAGAAGAUGAUUACUCGCCGACAGCUUGAGCUUGAGUCUGCAAAGGCACAGCGUCGCUGUAUUGAGGAGAACAGGGCUAAGAUGGAAGAACAAGGGGAACAGGCUUUAGAAGAUGCAAAGAACUGCAUCAAGGACCUUCAGGAGGCUCUGAGACAGGCCAAGCAGGACAUGGCCAAGCAGCUCAGAGAGUACCAGGACCUCAUGAAUGUCAAGCUGGCUCUUGACAUAGAGAUCUCCACCUACCAGAAACUCCUGGAGGGAGAGGAAGAGAGAGUUGAGCAGGACUCUGUUGUCAGCAUCCAAAAAGUGCCCAACAAAACUGUGCCCGUUAACAGCCAGCCACGAAAGUUAGGCCCUAUUCUCAUCAAGACAGUGGAGGUCCAGGACAGGUCAUACAGCUAAGGCAGAAAACACACUGCAGUACUCUGACCUGCCAGAUUGCUACUUAAGUCUAUUCUUACAUUAAUGUCUUUGCAAACUGCACUGAUGAGCCACAUGUGUGUAUUAUGUUUUUAUUUUCCUUCUGCUUCUGUCACAUUUAAUUACAACUUGGGAAACUGAAAAUAAAUCUGUAC